AUGAGAACACGGCCAUGUUGGAGAGCACUUGAAGCGCUCAUCAUCCUGGGGUUUUUCUAUGGAAUUGAUGCGCAAAAUGCCGACAAUAUCCAAGAUGGUAGGAACGAGACAAUCUCGACUAUUACUCUGACUGUGUCGAGAACCGGAGGAAACCAGUCAAGCCCGCUUCUUUAUGGCGCGAUGUUCGAGGAAAUGGAUCAUUCGGGAGACGGUGGCAUCCACGGCCAGCUCCUACAGAAUAAUGGCUUCCAGGGGUUCGAGCCCGGAAUCACUGCUUACAAGCCUGUUGGAGGUGUCAGUAUCAUUCAGGACGAUUUGACCCCGGUAAGCAAUGCCAUUAUAUCGUCGCUACAGGUAGCAGUGCCAUUUGGCACGACAGGCUACGUUGGCUUUGCAAAUGAGGGUUACGCCGGUGUUCCCGUCACGGCAGCGACUUACCAGACAUCUUUCUGGGUGAUGGGUGGAUAUAGCGGGACGGUUACCAUUCAGUUGGUAGAUUCGAUCAACGGCACUGUGUUUGCGACACAGAAUAUCACAGUUGAGAGUAAUCCGCAGCACUUUACAUUCUACGAGACGAGCCUAGAGUCUUCUCCUGCCGAGGACGGGAAGAACGAAUGGCAGUUACUGUUUGAUGGAGCUCAAGUCGGUGGUAGCUUUCUCAAUUUCGGACUACCGCAACUAUUCCCACCGACUUAUAAAAAUAGGACAAAUGGCUUGCGCCACGAUGUUGCAACUUUCUUAGAGGCCUCUAGACCACGCUUCCUUCGGUUUCCAGGAGGGAACAAUAUCGAAGGACUCAGUAUUGCGGACCGAUGGAUCUGGAAUCAAACCAUUGGAGAUGUUGUUGACCGUCCAGGACGUCCAGGGAACUGGUUCUACCCAAAUACUGAUGCCUUGGGCCUGGAUGAGUACAUGUGGUGGUGCCAUGACAUGAACAUGACUCCUGUCCUCGCCGUAUGGGAUGGAAAGUCAUACGGAGGCAUAGUCUCAGGUCCUGAACUGCAACCAUAUGUGGACGAUAUUAUGAACGAGCUUGAGUAUCUGACGGGGCCGCCGAACUCAACCUGGGGCAGUCUUCGCGCCAAACAUGGCCGCGAAGCACCUUGGUCAAUUGAAUAUGUCGAGAUUGGAAACGAAGACGAUCUAACAGGCGGAUGCGACACAUAUCCUGAUCGAUUCACCCAGAUCUACAAUGCGAUCCAUUCCAAGUACCCCAACAUCACCCUAAUCGCCUCUCAUGGGAACCCCGAGUGUCUCCCCGCGGCCCUUCCUCCAGGUGUCAUCAUCGAUCUCCACUACUACCGUUCGGACGAUGAUCUAGUGGCCAUGUUCAAUCAGUAUGAUAACGUCCCUCGCAAUCAACCACUCAUGGUUGGGGAAUGGGGCUGCAGAAAUACAAGUGCCGAGCGAGGGCAAUUCUGGACAUACAUGCGCGGGACAUGCGCAGAGGCCGUCUACAUGAUCGGAAUGGAGCGCAACAGCGACGUGGUCAAGAUGUCGGCGUAUGCUCCCUUGGUACAGAACUUCAAAUUCACGCAGUGGUCGCCCACAUUAUUCGGGGUAGACUCGAGCCCAGGUUCUUUGACUCCUUCUACAUCGUAUUUUGUGCAGAAGAUGUUUGCAUCCACUUUGGGUGAGAAGAUCGUACCAGUGACAUCGUCGACUGGAUUCGGGCCAUGUUACUGGGUGGCCUCGCGGACUAAUUCGACGUUCCAUAUCAAGAUGGCCAACUACCAAGGACAGAAUCAGACUGUUGAUGUGGUUGUCCCGGAGACAAAGUCAGGAACCCUUGAGAUGAUCUCGGGCCCUGAGUAUGCGGGAAAUCUACCAUCAGAUGUGCUACUUCGUCCAGAGAUACACAACAUCUCCAGCCCGUAUGGGGCGUAUUCAAUAAUUAUCCCGCCCUGGGGUGUAGCUGUACUAGCAGUCACAUAG